GCUUCGGGCCGGAAUUGGCUUCGUUACCGUACUUGUAACGGUUCUGAUCAGCUGUCAGCACGGAUUUAAAACAAAAACCUGCGCAGCUUCUUGUCGCCCGAAUAAAAACAAUGACAGACGGAACAAAAACAGGAACAACACCCCGGAACAAACAGCAACAUUAACGGACUUUCCGACUGGUGAACAUCUCAGUUGGAGGAAGCCAUGCCGGUGGAGAGUGGGAGCAGCGCUGCCGCCCGCCAGGCCAAGCAGAAGAGGAAGUCCCACAGCCUCUCCAUCCGCAGGACCAACAGCACGGAGCAGGACCGCUCGGGCCUGCAGAGGGACCUGCUGGAGGGACAGGAAUCCAAACUGCCACUGUCACUCAGGUCCAAUCUGUUGGACCUGUUCAGUCAGAUCGAGAGGGAGUUUGAAAACCUCUACCUGGAAAACAUUGAACUUCGCAGAGAAAUCGAAUCGCUGAAUGAUCGUUUGGCUGCAGAUGGACAAGCGGUCGAAGGAACAGAUUUAGCUAAAGGAGCCCUUAAAACAAAAGCAAGUCACAGCACCAGUCAGCUGUCUCAGAAACUGAAAACAACCUACAAGGCGUCCACAAGCAAGAUUGUGUCCAGCUUCAAAGCCACCACAUCCAGAGCAGUCUGCCAGCUGGUCAAGGAGUAUGUUGGCCACAGGGACGGCAUCUGGGACCUCAGUGCCACAAGGACCCAGCCUGUGGUGCUCGGUACCGCAUCUGCAGACCACACCGCGAUGCUGUGGAGCAUCGAGACCGGAAAAUGCCUCCUCAAAUACCUGGGCCAUCAAGGAUCAGUCAACUCCAUUAAGUUCCACCCCACUGAGCAGAUGGCUCUAACAGCCUCUGGAGAUCAGACGGCGCACAUCUGGAGAUACAUGGUGCAGCUUCCUGCUCCCCAACCUGUCGCUGACACCACUCUGACGCCCUGUGAAGACGACGUGGACUUCUCAGAUAAAGACGACGCCGACGGCGAGGUUGAGGGGCCCAACGACUGCCCUUCAGUCCGCGUACCGAUCACGACGCUCCGCAGCCAUCAGGGCGUGGUGAUCGCUGCUGAUUGGCUAGUGGGGGGCAAGCAGGUGGUGACGGCCUCCUGGGACCGAGCCGCCAACCUAUAUGACGUGGAGACUUCAGAGUUGGUCCACUCGCUCACUGGCCAUGAUCAGGAGCUGACCCACUGCUGCACCCACCCCAACCAGCGUCUGGUGGUCACUUCAUCCAGGGACACCACCUUCAGGCUGUGGGACUUCAGAGACCCGUCCAUCCACUCCGUCAACGUCUUCCAGGGACACACAGACACAGUGACGUCCGCCGUCUUCACUGUGGGAGAUAACGUGGUGUCAGGCAGCGACGAUCGGACCGUCAAGGUGUGGGACCUGAAGAACAUGCGGUCGCCAAUAGCAACCAUUCGCACCGACUCUGCCGUCAACAGGAUCAGCGUGUCGGUGAACCAGAAAAUCAUCGCUCUUCCUCACGACAAUCGGCAGGUCCGACUGUUCGACAUGUCCGGAGUGCGACUGGCUCGACUCCCGCGGAGCAACAGACAGGGUCAUCGUCGGAUGGUUUGCUGCUCCGCCUGGUGUGAGGACAACACCACCUGCAACCUGUUCACCUGCGGCUUCGACAGGCAGGCCAUCGGCUGGAACAUCAACAUCCCGGCUCUGCUGCAGGAGAAAUGAUCUCCUCCUCUUCCUCCUUCUUCUUCACAUUGUUAGCACACAGUGAAACCUCACCCACAGCGUGUGUUGGUGUGUCGUUGGUCUUAAAGACAGAUGUAAGCAGUUUAGUUUAGAUGUUGGUUUUCUUAGUGUGACUCGCUGUGGCUGACAGGAUGGAGUCUGUCUUUUAAGCCUUAGCAGAGUUUAAGUCCUCAGAUAAGACUUUCUACAGGCUGAGGGGCUUUACAAGCAUCUGUCUCUCUUUUCUUCACCGUUAGGAACAAAAACAAAGCUCUGAACCACUCGCUGAUGAAAGCACAAACAUGUAAAGAUGCUCCUUCUGACUGAAAGUGAACACAGGACACAUUUGAAGCUCCAAGUCUAGAUUCUCUGUGCUGCUUGUAUCUGUUUCCUGCUGCUUUCAGCUGCAAAACACUGAAUCUAAUGUGCGCCACUAACAGCAGAUUAAAGGAAACAUCUGUGAAUUUCUCUGGUUUGGUGUUGCACAUCUCAUUAGUUAAUACGUGUUCACUUUUAAUGUUUUUGUGUUUAUAAACUUAAAUCAAUGUUUUCCUCCUACAGACAGAAGGUAGAUCAGAGCAGUAACAGAUUUCUUCUUAUUUAGACAGUUUUCUCUGAAGAAACGUUUGCUCCUUGUUUUUGUUUGUUAGAGAAACAAUGUCUGUUACAGAUUUAAUGUUUCAGGAGAAAAACUGUAUUUACUGUUAUAUGUGGGGUCAUGGAUCGACUGUGGUUCUGUUGUUUCUGUAGCUGGACUCAGUUUAUAACCUGGAGCAGUUCUAGUAAACUGAUGGGCAAAAGUAUUCAUACGCCUUGAACUUUAGUCACAUUAAAACCUAAACUACAGCGUGUUUCAUUGGGAUUUCAUGUGAUAGAACAACACAACGUUCUGCAUAUUGCUCCAGUUUAAUACAGAUGAUAAAUAGUUUCCAACAUCUUUACAAAUUAAAAAGCUGAAAGUGAGGCAUGCAUUUCUUUUAGUUUUCCACCACAUUUAGCAUUUUGCUUGUAGGCCAUCCAGGGGAAGGUCUGGUCUCAUCUGGCCAGAGCUCCUUCUUCUUCUGCUGUGAGGCAAACGACACAUGAGACGUUUCUGUAGCUCUGGUUCCUGCAGCUCUUCCACAAAGACCAGAUUUAUGGAGUUCAUGGCUGAUAUUUAUCCUGUGGACAGAUUCUCCCACCUGAGCUGUGGAUCUUUGCAGCUCCUCUGAUAAUUGCUCUGCUUGCUGGUCCUCUCAGUUUAGGUGGACGGUCAUGCCAUGUUCAGAUGAUGGACUGACCAGACUGAACCAGAACUUUCUCUCUGACCUGUCUGCUGUGUUCCUUGGUCUCCAUGAUGCUGUUUGUUCUUCUCUCUGGAGAAGGUUUGUAGAAGAUCUGCAGAGAAUCCAGCAGGUUCCAUUCUAUGUAUCUAUGAAGGUGGGUUUCAAACAUCUGGCUUCAGUCAACAGAAAGGGGCUGAUUAGAUGUUUCUCCAGGUGUUAAUGUGGUGUCAAACAGAGAUCCUCCUCUGAUGUGGAAGCUCUUCCUCAGAUGGUCGGUCCUGCUGUUGGUUCAGUACUUCAUGAUUGUAAAAACAACUUUAGUUUUUAUAGCAGAACCUUUUAGCUCAUUAUUGUUGAACUAUUGGGAAGAUUCUGGCAGCGUCACCUUGGUUCUGCUUCAUCAGAAUAAGUCCAAUCUCUGAGGAGCGUUGCAAUGCGUUUUUCGUCACCUGCUAAGCUUUCUGCCUGGAAAACACUCAGCAAACGCUGCGUUCAAGGGAAAUGGGAUGUUCUGCUGUUUCUGUGAUUGAAACGGUUCAUCAGAACAAAGUCUGUGGUUCUGUUCUGGUGAGAUGAUCCAUUAAAUGUGAUUCAGGUUGGAAUAAAGAGCAGUUCUGCAGGACGCUGACAUGAAGGUUUCCUUUCCUCAGUGGGAACAGAUCCAGUUUCUGUGGACAGCCACAGCUUCUGUGUUUGAAUAUUCAGUCACAUUUUACUGCUGCUGUUUGCAAACUGAAACAAAGAAAUGUUUCCAACAGCAAAAAGAGUUCAAAAUAAACUGAAUUAGAAUGAAAAACCAGCAGAAAUUAGGUUGAAAUCAACUGAAAUCCCUGCAGUUCUGGUCAAAAAGCAAAUGGAAAGUUUAACCUGCCCUGAGGUUCAAACUGUUUGGGUCAUAAAAAAUCUGGAAUAAAUUAAAGUUAAAAAUGUCUGUAAAUAUGAUGCUAAAAACUGUAGAAAGUGAAUCAGUGGAACAGAUACAGUAAAUUCCCCUGAAUCCAGAAACAAUGUCUUACUUUAAUACUUUAGGUCUUUAUUUGUUGAAAACACAUUAAUGUACAUCAACAAUAUUAGAUUUAAAUUUACAGUAAAUAUCUUUAAUGACCCUUUCAUAAAAAUACCAUAAAUUCACUCAUUAAGUUUCUGUCUUUAUUAUAGAUUUUUCUGCUAAACAUCCUGUAAAUUUUAAGUUUGAAAUAAAAAUAUGUUGAACGGC